UAAAAACCAUAGACUGUAUAACAGGUAAAAACACGGACAACUUGACUCAGUUCGACUCAGAUUGAAUCGAUUGCUCUGCUCUAGAUCUGACAGCAGCGCUCUGAUUGGUCAACAGGUCCUGGCGCCAAAAUAGCAAGGAGGAAGAAGACUGGUAAACACAACAGGAGAGGUCUCUGCUCACAAUUUCAGUAUUUUCAGCAUAUACUUGAUAUAAAACUACUACUUUCGGUCUUAUUCGGGCACACAAUGGAUACACAGUCAUAUCUACCUGUACAACCCGGGGUGGGGAUGGGGGAGAAUUUCCUGUCUCUCGACGAUAUUGUACUCUCUCAUGAGAGACUUCCCAUCCGGACAGAGUGCCGUUUUCCCCGGCUGGGAUUUCUGGAGAAGUCGAGUGACUCGCAGGACAUACCGGAGGUCGGUAAACUACGUGUGGGUUUUUGGCUGUUCCAAGUCUUGAAGAAGAGGAGAGUGUUGUCAGUGGAGCUUCCGAAGGUGUACAGAGAGGGCUGGAGGACGGUGUUCAACGCAGACCCCAACGUAGUGGAUCUGCAUAAGAUGGGGCCCUACUACUACGGCCUGGGGUCCCAGAUGCUGCACUUCGACAGCCCAGAGAACCCCGAGAUCGCACAGACGCUGCUGCAGACGUUCAUCGGUCGCUUCAGACGGAACAUGGACUCCUCCCAGAAUGCCUACAACGAGGACACGUCUGCGCUGGUGGAGCGUCUGGACUGCCUGGAGAAGGCUCUGUUCACGUCGGGGCAGAGCGGCCUCAACAGCUUCCAGAGCUGGGAGAAGGGUCAGGCCUCCCAACUCACCGCCUCCAGUCUGGUUCUCAACUACCGCAAAAGGAAGAUCACUGAUUUACAGCCCUGACCUGCAGCUAAAACAUACAGAGACUGGCCAGAACUUAAGUCAGUACUUCAGAGCUGCACGACGGCAGCACUGACUUUUACAUUCAUUUUCAUUUCGAUGACCCUGCAGGGUUUCCCCCAGAAAAGUUGUGUAGCCCGGUGGCAAGUGUCUUUUUUUUUCGACGAGGUCCCAGGCUGGGGCCCAAUCACAGAUCAGGGGCUUUCCUGCAUGAAGGAACUUUUGGCGCAAAAACAUUGAGAUAGAUAUGGAUUAGGAUUGAAUUGAGACAGAUUUCUAACCGGUUAAAAACUUCUCGCCGUGGUUUACUUUGGUUUUUCGGAUCGACCAACUCUCGGGUAUUGUUCGCAGUGUUUAAACAGACUGGACUUUGGGGUCAAGUGUACUCAGAUCCAGGCCCAGGUCCCUAAUCUAAAAGCCCCCUUACUGCAUUAUAUUCCAUUGUACUUUAUUACUUUUUGAAUUAUCACCUGCCUCCUGAGUUCUGGGUUUUCCUUUCCAUAAAUAACGAUCUUUCCAACAUAAAUUGGUGCUCAAAAAUGUAUCAGAAUGCAGGAAAUGAAGUGUUUGGCACUCAAGAUUUCCUGGGGGAGGACCCUCAGCAUUUUAUUUAUUUUGUUCCAUUGUAUGAGUUUUAUGUAAUCUCGACAAUCUGACAGUGUGUUCAUGAUCACUUGGUGUUUUAUCAAAAGUACUGAAACCGUUGGUUUAAAAGUUGGAUUUUUGAUGGAAAUUCAUUGAUCUAUGAAUAUGAAUAGUUGGUUGCCGAAAUUUGGUUGUUGAUUAAUUGUUUUAACAUGUAUCAAGUAAAGAUUCCUAAAAAUUG